AUGUCCGAUGCUAAGGCUUCCACCGCAGCAGAGGAGAAGACACCGGCACGGGUGUGUCCCUGCGGGAACAAUAUCUCACACGGUGACACUCACCUGUUGUGCGUCAUGUGUCUGGGGCUGAAACACGCCCAAGCCGCCUUCGGGUCGGAGGAUUGCUCUCACUGCAGCAGGCUAACCCUCAAGGUGCUUCGUCGCCGGCUGACUCGUUUGACCAAUUUGGCGGGCAACGAUCCAGUCCUGGCACCCACGACUACGUCCCAGGAGGCCAUGCAGCUCUCUGAAGCAGUGGCCCCCGCCGACCAAGCUGCACCAAGCUGGGGGGAUCAGCUCGAUCUCCUCGACCCACUGCUCCCGGGGUUUUCCGACACGGCAGGUCCAUUUGAUUACCUAGCCGAGCAGGAGGACUGCGGCUCGGAGGGUGGGUCGGAACUCCUCAUGUCCGACGAAGAGGAGGACGACGGCUCUUCCCUGUCACUGUCGCAUCGGGUUGAAAAACCCAGACCCCCACCGGAGGCUGCGGCAAGCGGGGACCAGUCUUCCUCAGGUCAGGACCUGGACUUACUGGAAGUGUACAAACGCGCAGCCGAAAAGCUGCAAAUCCAGUGGCCUGAGGUCCAAAUUGAGGGGACGCGGUCGCUCUUUGAUGGGAAGAGACUACUCAAAAUCAAGAGGACGGGAAAACAACUCCUGCCGGUUCUCCCGGAGUUACUGGAGGAGCUGUCCUUGUCUUGGCGCAGCAAGCCAUAUAGGGAGAAACACCCUGUGGCGGGCAGCUCCAUCCUGGAUUGUGAGGGCAUGGAAAACAACGGCCUCCGCAACAUCCCACCGGUGGAACAGGUGGUGGCGGCGCAUCUCCACCCGAAGACAUCCCUGGCUUCGCCGGGCGCGGGUGCGCUUCCAUCCAAAGCGGACCGUUUCCAAUCCAGUCUGACUGAGAAGGCUUAUAAGGCUGCUGCCUUGUCAGUCCGGGCUCUCAAUGCCAGCUCCCUCCUUAUGGCAUAUCAAGCCGAGCUGGAGGAGGAAAUGCCGGCUCCACCGGAUAAAGUGCUAUGGGACGAAGUGUGCGCCAUCACCGACCACUGUCUCCAUCUGCAUAAGGUGGCAAUCCAGGCUCAGGGCAGAGCCAUGGGGCUCAUGGUCCUGCAAGAGCGGGCUCGGUGGUUAAACCUCACUACCUUGUCAACCAAAGACAAGGAGGACCUCCUCGACACCCCCAUAACACCCCAGGGCCUCUUCGGUGCGGCGGUUACGUCCAUGCAGAAGAGGUGUGAGGAGAAAAAGAGGGAAGACGAGGCGCUGAAGUUGUGUCUACCAAGGAAGGCUCCAGCAGCCCCCCCUCCGGCUCAACGCCAAACAACCUCCCUGGACGAGGUGAGCGCGAUGGCGCUGCCCCCCACUCUGGCUCCGUUCACCCCAUCGUUCUUGUUAACGAGCAGGUUCACACAGCUCGGUUGUGUUCGGCGCAUGGACAGCGGGAUGUUCGACCCGUCCCAGCGCCCCCUGGAGAGAAGCAGAGACAAUGUUCAGCAAACGGUUUGCCCCAGCGGCACCGGGGAAUUAGCCAACAAGCAGUGCCGCACUCCUCUACCAAAAGAGGGCGCCCUCACUCCACGUAUAGACUGGCCUGUCAGUCCUCUGUCACUGAAACUGGAGAGCUGGUCAAAAUGCACAGCAUCAGAGUGGGUGUUAAAAACACUAAGCAGGGGAUACAGACUGCAGUUCGCUGCAAAGCCCCCGCCGUUCAGGGGUGUAAUUCAGUCACAAGCUGCAGGCGAAGCCGCUCUUUAUCUACGGGAGGAGAUUUCCUCUCUGUUAGAGAAGGGAGCGAUAAAAAUUGUCCCCCCCUCAGACAGCAACAACGGCUAUUAUUCCAGAUAUUUUCUGGUCAAAAAGAAGGGGGGGAACGGCAUUCGGGCGAUUUUAGAUCUCAGAGAUCUAAACAAGCACCUCAGGAAAUACAAAUUUCGAAUGCUAACACAUGCGUCUCUACUGCGUUUCCUGCGCGCGGGGGAUUGGUUCACAUCAAUCGACCUCAAGGACGCUUAUUUCCACAUCCCAAUAUAUCCGCCACACAGAAAGUAUCUCAGAUUUGCCUUUCAGGGGACCAGUUACGAAUACUUAGUGCUCCCCUUCGGCCUCUCAUUAAGCCCAAGAGUGUUUGUAAAAUGCACGGAAGCGGCAGUUACACCGCUCAGGAGGCAGGGCGUCAGAAUAGCGACAUAUAUAGACGACUGGCUCAUUGCGGCAUCCUCCCACCAGGAGGCAGCAGACCACACGAAGCUGCUCACAGAACACUUGGGGAAUCUAGGUUUCAGAAUAAAUCUGGAAAAGAGUGUUCUUCUCCCUUGUCAGACCAUCUCCUUCAUAGGUCUUCUUAUAGACUCAGCUCAGGCCAGAGUGAAGCUGACUGGAGAGAGGUUGCAGGCUCUCAGGGACUGUUUAGACCUGUUUCAAAGGGGAAAGUUUGUGUCUUUCAGACUCUGCCACAGGCUGCUGGGGUUGAUGGCCUCAGCCUUGGUGGUGGUUCCAAUGGGACGGUUAUACAUGAAGGGAAUACAGCGUUGGGUGGCUUCUCACCGAUUAGACCCACGCCGUCAGGGAUCUCACAGAGUGAGGGUUUCGGUGGAUUGCACAGCAGCCCUAAUCCCAUGGAGGAAGAGGGGUUUCCUAACACAGGGAGUGCCUAUGGGAGUUGUUCUGUGCAGGAAAGUAAUCACAACAGACGCCUCCUUAGUCGGCUGGGGGGGCGUGUGCGAAGGGAGAGCUGUGAAUGGGACCUGGGAGCCCCACAUGCUCUCGUUCCACAUAAAUUAUCUGGAACUGUUAGCGGUCUACCUGUCGCUGAAACAUUUCCUACCUUUUCUGACGGGACAGCAUGUGUUAGUUCGAACAGACAACACCACAGUAGUGGCUUAUAUCAACAGACAGGGGGGCCUGAGGUCCCUUCAAUUACACACACUGGCACACAGACUGAUUGUCUGGAGCAGCAAUCAUUUUCUGUCCCUGAAAGCCACUCAUGUGCCUGGGGUUCUGAACCAUGGAGCAGAUCUUCUGUCCAGGGGAAACCCCCUUUAUGCAGAAUGGAGACUGCAUCCGAGUGUGGUGAAUCUGGUCUGGGAGCGGUACGGGCAGCCAUCAGUAGACCUCUUUGCAACAGGGGAGAACUCUCAGUGUCCCCUGUUCUUCUCCCUUCACGAUCAGAAUGCACCCUUGGGGGUGGAUGCAUUUGCUCAUCAGUGGCCUCACGUCCUGCUGUAUGCAUUUCCCCCCAUAGCAUUGAUAUCUCCGACUCUAGCCAGGGUACAGAAAGAAGGCCUGUCGAUGAUUCUUAUAGCUCCUUACUGGCCGUCGAAGCACUGGCUGGCAGAGAUAACUCGGCUCCUUUACAGAGAGCCGUGGCCUCUGCCGAUACGCAGAGACCUGUUGACACAGGCGCAUGGACAGAUAUUUCAUCCUCACCCAGAGAGGCUGGCUCUGUGGGCCUGGCCCGUGAGUGGUUUAACUUAA